UUGUCAUGCUCGUAUUCGUAUAUGUUCUGUAAAGUCAUUUGUGUGAAAAUUGUUGAAGCGAGUGCAAGUUUUUCGUAUUGAUUCCUACUUUUGCGGGAAUUUUCUUUUGGAUUUAGUUUUUGUCGUAACCUCAACCAAUACCAAGAGCGAACGAAAUGGUCGACUUAACAUUUCAGUUGAUGCUUGGAUUGGAUUCGGCGGUGAAUAAAGUCGAAUUAGAGCUGAUCCAGGAGACCAAGCAGGAUCAAAGCACGGAUAAGAAGAAUCAGGUGCUCCUACGCAAGGCCGUGUAUCAGCGGCAGCGGCGCGACAGCGAAGAUAUCGAUAUGCGCAAUAAUCGCCUCAACCAAAUGAGGGAGCGUGCGCGCAUCAGGCGGUCCGUGGAAACCCCAGCGGAGCGCACGGCCCGGCUCUCAGUCCAGAGCACAGAUAUGGAGGAGAAUCAGGAAAUCGAAUCGGCUCAACAUCGUGCUGAGCGCUUGCAAAAGAUGCGGGAGAAGGCACGCUCGAAGCGUGCCAAUGAGUCGUUGGAGGAGGGGAAUCAGCGGCGCGCCAAACAGGCCGCAUACGCACGCAUGCGCCGCCAGCAGAAGAAGAACACCAACUCCGCCAGCGACUAAAAGUAACAGCCACCAGUCUACACUUCAUACUGCCACGUUGGGCUCCACGUUCAAAACACGAUAUUCGAUAUCGAUAUUGCAAGUACCCCACACUACCUCUCUAGUUAACACACCUUGCAAGCCUCCUAGAGAUGAGCCUUUUGCUUCGACAAAACCUUUAUUGUUUUUUGGUUUUAUUUAACACACACAAGCACACGAACACACAUGAACAAAUGCUAUUUAAAGCGCUCAUCAAAUACCAAAUUUUGAUAUU